AACACAACACACACAUCAACACACACUCAAAACCACGGCACAGCUACUGCACAGCCUACUGUACACACAGGGCUAUGGCAGACUAUAACAACUUUACUGGGAUGUCCACCAGCUUUGUCCCCACUAAAGCCGUCGCCACAGGUUUUCAGUUCACGACAGAGGACUACCUUGGUGAUUACGAUUCCGUUUCUACAGACAUUACAAGUCUGGCACAGCCAUGUGAUGGCAGCAGCGCACAGGAAUGGAGUGCCAUGCUCAUUCAGGCCAUACUGUUUAUCGUUGUCUUCCUUCUUGGUGUGACUGGAAAUGGCCUGGUCAUCGCCACUUUUACCAAGUACCGCUGUUUCCGUUUGCGAUCCAUGACUGACGUCUUCCUUUUCUACCUGGCACUGUCUGACCUGCUGCUGCUGCUAACAUUGCCGCUACGGACUGCUGAGAUCUUCUCCAGUGGCUGGAAGUUUGGAGAUGUCUCGUGCAAACUUAACAAAGGCGUGUACACCAUCAGCACAUAUGGUGGCUUACUGCUAUUAGCUUGUAUAAGUGUGGAUCGCUAUCUGGUUGUAGUGCGGGCACGAGCUGCUCAGAGGCUUCGUCCUAGCAUGCUGCGAUACAGCAAACUGUCUGCUGUUGCUGUGGCACUGAUCUCCAUCGUUCUUAGUCUGCCGGAGCUUAUCUUCUCUGAUGUGAAAAAAGAAGAUGGGGGUGAAAGAUUGAGGUGUGGGUUGUUCACAAAGGAAGACAGCAUAUGGGUUAAGAAUUGUGCGAGAGCGACUAUGAUUAAUGGGUUCUGCAUACCUUUCAUUGCUAUGCUGAUGUGUUACAGCUCCAUCGGGCACGUUCUAGUGCAGGGGCAGGCUAAAUCCUGGCGAAAGCAGAGGACACUGUGCCUCAUGGGGGCGCUGGUGUUGCUUUUUCUGGCGUUUCAGCUACCGUACACCACAGUGCUGUUUAUCAGACUGUUCAAAACUUCACUCUUCGUCACAGGUACCUGUGACGACUGGAGCAGAAUUCACCUGAGUGAAGAUAUCACCCAGAGCCUGUCCUACAUCCGCUGCUGCCUCAACCCUGUGCUGUACGCCCUGGUGGGUGUAAAGUUCCGGAACGACGUGGUGAGGUUGCUGCAGGACUGUGGUUGUACGUGCGCUUUCCUGAAACAUAUGACGGCACAGGCAAGCACUGGAAGCUCAGUGACUCCAUCCUCCCCUCCCCCUACUACUCUCUCACCCCUCUCCUCUGCUAACGGACCCUCAAAAUUUGCAUUUGCAAACGGCACAACCCCACAAUUAAACGACGAUACCAUAGAAUCAAGUAAUACAGCCAAGUCAUCUUCCCAGCAAUCCAAAGAACUAACAUAUGUGAGCUGGGGACAGCAUUAAUUCAACACACACCUGCAAAAGAAAGAGAAUUAGGGCCAAAUUCGUCUGCUCAAAAUCCUUCUAUAGUUUAUCAAAAUUAACAAUUUUAUGGAGUGGGUUCUCCCAGGUUUGGAACUCAGCCGAGCUCCUCAAUAUGCUUCUUGUGCCUCUGCAACCUCACUCGGUAUCUUUACCUGCAGUGACAACUGAUGUGGUUCCAAAUCUUUUAACACUUUUUAAUAGUACAAAUCACUCAUUAUGGUGGUAUAUCUAGGCAAAUCUAGGAAUAUCUAGGUAAAUCUUCACCAGCUGAUGACCAGCCGACUUCUCUACAACCUCCAUACCCUUCACGAAUGUCUGUAAAGGCAGAGUGCUGGGCUAGGUGCUUGAUUUUAUACACUUGGAACGAAAUAAAACUGAUUAAUGAAUUCAAUAAUUUAGCAGCAUGUCCUGAUAUUUUUGUUCAUAUAGUCUAUGUUGAUGUCAUCAAGUGCUGAGGUGCAUAGAGCGUACAUGUCAUAAGCUCCUGUUGGUGUGUUGGUGUAUAUAUAUAGUUUUCUUUCUUUCUUGAGUUCAAUACUUUCAUUUUUAUAUAUAAAAAAAAUUAAAGUAAAAAAGUAAGAAAAAAACGUACUCGAAAUUGUGUCUGUGAAUGAGUGUAUACACAUGUACGAAUGGGUGGGAUUGUAUGUCUGUAUUCCUAAUGCAGUCCUCCAGGUGGAGAGUACAUUGUGGGCAAUUGCUGAGUGUAUAGGAAUGUGUACAUAGUGACCAAUAAGUGACUUUGAACAUUGUACUUAAAACUGUAUAAAACUGUCUAAAACUGUAAUAUUUCAUUUAUUCAUUCAUGCUUAAAAAAUAUCAGUUGGAAAU